AUGGUGUACGUGGAGGUUGACGACGGGCCCGUGCGGCUGCCAGGCUGCGCACCCCUGUACCAUAUGCCCCAGACUAAAUGGACCCCGAAGCUGUUCUGGCAGAUGGCGGCAUACGUAACGUGGAUAGUCAGCAGCAUGGUCAUCGGCGGCCUGAUGCCCUUCCUGCUAGAUGCGCGCGCCGCGCGCCAGGUGGAGGAGGCGUGGCAGGCCAACGUCGCAUCGCUGCCGGCCUCCAACUACACCUUCUGCCCAAAGAAGGCCGUCUAUAAUUACAUGCCUCUGGCGCGCGGCUACCCAGCGCCGCCCCUGGCUGUCAACGGCAGCGACCUGGUGGACACGUGGAGCUGGAGGAAGGUCACCCUGAGGGGCGUCAACUGGUUUGGCUUCAACAACGAGGGCGGCAUGGUGGACGGCCUGUGGGUGGGCGGAACCCGCGGUGACACCGACUUUCACGCCCUGGCUUACCAGAUCAAGCUCCUCGGCUUCAACGCUGUCCGGCUGCCUUUCACUUUCUCCCAGCUCAAGCUGCCCGGCAAGCGGCAGGCGAUGGAGUGCGCGGCGAGCACGAAGAGCGCGUGGGCCAGGCGCGCGACCGACCCGACCCUCAGCCCCAAGCCGGAGUACUCGGUCGCGCCCGACCCGCCCCUGUUCAUGGAGGUGGCCGAGUGGGACAGGGACAUGUGCAACACGUAUGUGCCAUCGAAUGAGACGGCGCUGGCGGGGGAGCGGCUGCUGUGGGCGGUGCAGUACUUCAUAGCCUCUGGCUUCUACGUGGUGCUGGACUACCAUCCCCUGCCCUCUGACCCCCUGCCUGCCGACCCAAAGAAGUUUGCCUACGCCUGGCUCAACACCUGGGCAAGCAUCACCUGCCUGCCCAACUUUGCGCCAGACAUCCGUGGCCGCGUGCUGCUUGACUUGCUGAACGAGCCGGAUACGACGCUCAGGGGGCGCGGCGUUCACUGGCAGCGAGCUGGCGACACACCAGGGCUCGACGAGCUCUACCUGACCACCAUGGACGCAAUUGAGGCGCUGACCCCUGGAGACGCGCUGUUCAUGGUGCAGGGCAGCACGGCAACUGGGGCCGAGGCGGAGGGCGGCAUGAGGAACGUCAACGGUUUCAACCUCAGCACCGGCGACGGAUUUGUGACAGAUGCUGCCACCAUAUCCGCCAACGGCCUCUCCGACCCCAGCCCAUUUCUCAACGAGCUGCUGCUCCGCGCCUACUCCACGCGCACCCUGCUGGCGCCCCACCUCUACCCGGCAAGCAUCUCGACCCGCCUGGUGGGCGCGGUGCCUGCUGGAGGAAAGGAAUUAUUCGACAAGCUGGCGGCCAGCUGGGGGCGGCUGGCGCGGGUGGGCUACUGCUUGGGGCCGCGCUGCCAGCGGUUCCCUGUCAUCAUCGGGGAGAUGGGGAGCGAGCUGGCGACCAAGGACGACCUCAAGUACUACGUCGAUGCGGCGUCCUUUGCGACGGCUCAGGGAGACCUGGCACAGCAGACAGCGCCGGUGGCCGGGUGGUUCUGGUGGUCAUUCAAUGCCAACAGCAUGGACACUGGCGGCCUGGUUGCCAAAUCGGGUCACUCUUACAACUGGGUCAAGCUGCGCCUGCUCGCCUCCUCUUUUGGCCUCAAGCCGUGGUUCAACGACCCCCAGGCCUUCGUCGCCGACCAAGCAGCCUCACAGGCGGAGGCAAAGAGCAUCCAGGAUGCUCAAGCAAGCGCGGCGCUCGCGGCGGCGCAGCGCAAGGCAAAGGAGGAGGCCGUCGCGGAUGUGUCAGCGGAUGGCGCGCUGCUGCGGUCAGCGCACGCAGCGCCGGCUGCCGCGGAGGAGGACAACCCGCUGCCGUGCGAGUGCACAGACGUGGACGCGCGCGAGGCCUUCAUCUUGCCGGCCAAAUUCACUUGCUGGGAACAGUACAAGUUUGGGCAGUGCAGCCAAGGCUUUAUGAACAUGAUCCCUGAGGGCUACUGCCAGAUCACUUGUGGCCGCUGCGACUGCUGCCCAAGCCUUCUGAACGCCAGCGUGGCCGCAGGCCUGACUGAAUUUGUUUGGGCCAUGAACCUUUCAUCGUCGGCCAAUCGGUCCGAGGACCUGAGUCAACCCGGGCUGAUGAUGACUCUGCUCGCGCCGGAUGACUACGCCAUGAGGGACCUGUUUUCCAAGCUGGGCGGCAAGGACCGGAUACUGUCAGACUCGGCCGUGCGCGACAAGCUGGGUGCCAUCAUGGACACCCACCUGCUGCCGCCCCUCAACGCGACCCGCGCCGUCUGGACGACGCCCUUCUUCGUCCAGGGCGCCAAGAUGCGCAGCCUGGGGGCGACCGGGGACAACCUGGAAGUCGUGGGGGUGGAUUCAUCGACGGGGGACAUCGAGAUCAGGGCGCCGGGCUCCAGCGCGAAGAUCAGGCAGAAAGACAUCUACGCAUGCAAGGGCUUCAUCAACGUGAUGAAUUGGUACCUGCUGCCAACCAACAAUGAGUUCUAG